AUGUGCAAAACCCCAUGCCCCAUCCGCGCGGCGCCAAACCCAGCCACCGAGGAGUCGGACGUGGAAAGGCGCAUUGCCUUCCCUGGCCUUUUUGCUGCCAAUACUCACUAUCCAGAGGUAGCUCACAUCGUUGCAUCUCCAUCUACCUUCUUACUGAAACCUCACCGUCAAACCACUGACAUCCACCAUCCAUUCACAAUGCCAUCCGCCGUCAAGCUCUACGCCGCCAUCGACGACAACGACGGCGGAGUCUUCAAUCACUGGUCAUUCUUCAUCGACGGGCCGCAAAACGAGGGCAAACUCGUCUUUCAAGCAAUGGGCUCCGCCGGUCGAUUUCGAUUUGAAUCAAAAAAUGCAGAUUCCCGUCUCUAUCCAAAUCUAAUCGAGCUAUUCUACGUCGCUGAAAUCGAUGCGGCAAGGAUCAAAGAUGUCCAGGUCAUCGCUGAGAAUCUCCCCAUCCCCGAUAGUACCCCGGGCUGGAAUUGUCAGGACUAUGUCCUGGAUCUGUUCAAGGCGCUGGAGAGGGAUGGGCUUGUUGACAAAGAUGACGAUGGGUAUCGAGCGCGGUACUCGGAACUUUGGCGCAAGCAGGAUGGGCUGGCUUAA